UUUGAGCAGUGGGGAUUUAGGUUAAGUUAAAGGCAGGAGGUCUUCAGUAUAAAAAUGUGUUUUUCUCCACGGUAAACUUCACAAUGACAAAAGACUACAACAGAAAAAGAGGCACUUACACUAAAUACUAGGAGAAUGCUGCUUCACAACGCAGUAACUGUAUUACUUGUACUGUGCUUUACUUCAUACACCAAUGCUGAACAAACCUGCCCUGAGGUGAAACUGGUGGGUCUGAAUAACCAGGAAAGGCUGACUAUCCUUCAGGGAUGUCCGGGACUUCCUGGGGUGCCGGGGACCAAUGGCAUUCCGGGGAUCCCGGGCAGUAAAGGGGAACAAGGUCCUUUGGGGGCUACAGGAGCGAAAGGUGAACCUGGAGCCUUUGGGAAGAUGGGUCCAGUUGGUGACAAAGGAAUGAAAGGUGAACCUGGAUCAAUUGGAAAUACAGGUCCACAAGGUGCCAAAGGAAUGAAAGGUGAACCUGGACCAAUUGGAAAUACAGGUCCACAAGGAGCCAAAGGCUCUAAAAACUGUAAGGAGCUGCUAGAACAAGGACACACGCUGAGUGGCUGGUACACCGUGUACACAGAGAGCAACAAAGGCAUCAGUGUGUACUGUGACAUGGACACAGACGGAGGAGGCUGGCUUGUAUUCCAGAAACGUAUGGAUGGAUCAAUAGAUUUCUUUCGGGACUGGAAUUCAUACAAGAGAGGAUUUGGCAGCUUGUUGACAGAGUUUUGGCUGGGGAAUGACAACAUUCGUUUAUUAACAGAAACAGGUUCUCAUGAAUUACGUAUUGAUUUGGAAGACUUUGACAAUGUAAAAACCUUUGCAAAAUACCAGUCAUUUAAAAUCCUGGGGGAAUCUGAGAAGUACAAGCUAGUCCUAAGUGGAUUUACAGGUGGUACCGCUGGUGACUCUCUAACAUAUCAUAACAACAUGCCAUUUUCUACGAAAGAUCAAGACGUGUCUUUGAGCAAGUGUCCUGAGACAUAUAAAGGAGCAUGGUGGUAUAACAACUGCCAUUAUUCCAACCUAAAUGGUCUUUAUAAGCAAGGGUCCCAUGAGACCUAUGCCAAUGGAGUCAACUGGAAAACAUGGAGAGGAUAUAACUAUUCGUACAAGUACACUGCUAUGAAAAUUAGACCCAGCUAAUAAAAUUGAUCCAUUUUGUAAAGUAAAUAUGGAAAUGGUUGCGCUAAAUGAGAUGUUAGUGUAGAGAGCUUCUUACAGUGUGCAUUAGAAAACUACAAGUCAUAGCACUGCUUCUGAGAAUUACUGUAUCAGAUAUCUACCUGCAUCUAAUUUCAGUAAUGUUUUUUUGCAUUCAUAUAGCAUUCUUUUCCAGUCUUUGACUUAUGUUCUCAUUCCUGGAUUGUAUAAUUAAAAUAAAGAAUUUAGCAAGCUA